AUGAGUACAUCGUUGGCACAGCAACUGCAUAAAUUAGCAGCGCCACAAACAUCUGUAACGUUAGCGGAUGCACGCAGCCGCGCUUCAAUAUUGUUUGAUCCCAAAGAAGCGGCUACUAAAGACAGACGCGCUAUAUAUGAAAUUGGCUUAAGUGGGCUGCUAGAGUUAACGGCAUUCAAUGCUUCAUUCAAAGAGUUUCAGCUAACGCUAUUUGAUGAGGCUACACUGACGCUGGAGCGCGCUGUGGAACAGUCGGAGGUAAAUGAGCUGCUGAAUGCUUCUAUAGCGAAGUUUAUGCGACUGUUGUCGCCAUACUUUCUGCUACGUCCGGCGCACAUGUGCUUUGAAUGGCUGUUGCGUCGCUUCCAAGUGCACGAAUACAAUCGCAGCGAUGUCAUGUCAUUGAUAUUACCCUACCAUGAGACGAACAUGUUUGUUCAAGUGCUGCAGACAAUGCGUUUGCGUCAAUCUGAUGAAGAUUGGUUCUGGCUGCGUCGUCUGCAACGUCCUGGUGUGCCGCUCUCUAAGACUACCAUCGUAAAUCGUGCCGCCAGCGUGCCUUCCUUUUUGAAAUUCAUCUGCCAGAGCACGCGUAGCGCUGUCAAGGAACUGGGACCACGUGCGCAUCAGCUGCAGGCGCAGCUUAAUUUCUACGCUACAGUUGUGGUGGGUGCGCUGCAAACUGCGAAACCGCUGGAGGAUUGGCAUAUAGCUACCAUACUGGAGUCGCUGCUCAAGGGCCUAAGCUCGCAUACCGUGGACUUUGCUGCUGCCUCUUAUGUUAUUGUGGCGCAGCUGGUGUCACGCACCAAACUGAAGACCAAAGUGUGCAAUGCACUGCUGGAGCGCGUGGCCAAUUGCACAUUUGAGCGUCUGCAUACCACAGCGCUGUUGCUGCUCAUUUGGAUUCAUGACAAACAGCAGGCGGCCCAGCCACAAUUUACGCCAGAAACUUUGCAUAAUUUGGUAUGUCAGAAGUGGUUAAUUGAAGCCUUGGCUAAGCUCGCCAAGGAGCAGCUGGCCAUACAAGCUAUAUGCAUGCCUCUACUGCGUGGCUGUGUUGUAGCAAUCAGAGAGUCAUCCUCUGUGGCACAUAGACAGUUUCUGGAUAGUUUGCUAUCGGAGGUGGCAUUUAACAAAAGCAGCGCACAACAAUUUAUUAACUGCUUCCUGGACACCUUUGUUGAAACGGAGUCCGCUGCCAUGGAUACAGAUGAUAAGCCAGAGGAUGAGGAUACAAUAGUCAUCGAUUCGGAUGAUGAGGAAAUGCCUGGAAUUAAAACUGAUUUCCAAACCUGGUAUACGGAAUUUUUGGAAAAACUAGAACGCCGCUAUCCGGAGGCAUUUGAUGCAAGUGUCAAGGCAGCGCUGAGCUCCAAGCACACAAGCAGCAAUAGCCAGAAGGCGCUGAAGUUAGCAUUGGGCUUUCGUUUAAACACUACAGAUGAGAAGGCCAAGCGCGCCUAUGAGAAACUCUAUCAUUAUAAUCCGGAAUGGCGCUUGCAAGCUGUACAAAUGCUGUUGCAAAAUCUAAAGCAUCCCAAGCGUCGCGAGCGCAGCUAUCAACUGCUCAAGGAGUGUGUGGCGGAUCGCCUGCAGGAUGAAAGCGCGGCUGUAGUCUCGGCGCUGCUAACGCUGCCCACAGCAGACUUUGUGGAGAUGCUAGGAGCAACAGAAUUUGCGCAAGUUCUUUGCGAAUUGUUGCAACGUGCACAGCAGCAAAGACAAACCAGCUGGGAUGCAGUGGUGCCCCAAACAGUGCAACAUUUAACGACCUCUAGCGUGAGCGACAAAUAUGAUGCAAAUCUGUUGCUGCUGGCAUUGAUGCCGUAUCUAUUUCCCAGCGUGGAGCUGAGCGCAAGAGAGCAGGCAGCGCUGUUGAUAAUAUUGAAUAGCAAUCUAGCAGAGAAGCUGCCAUUCCUAGCAAAGCUGCAGUCGGAUGAGAAGUUGAACAUGGCGCAGCAACGUCAGCAGUUCAUGGAUGUGCUGGCAGCAGUAGCACCAGCUGGCGGACAAAAGGCGCUGUUAGACAGCGUGGAGCAGGCGGGAGGCGUGGAGUAUCUAAAAGCGGCGCCUGCCAAGUUUACGCAUCUAUUGCUGCUGAUAACAGCGUUUACCAAAAAGCAACUGCUGGCAAGUGAUGCAUUGCAGUUGCUGCAGCGUUUAGACAUCUACAGCAAAGGCUUGGAGUUUAAGCUAAGCAAGGAUUCGACGCAGCAUGUGCCGCUGCAGCUUUAUGUGGACUUUCUGCUAACGCUCAGCAGACAAACCAAAUUUGGUGACUUGGCUAAUGCGAACUGGAGUGAAUUGAGCGCAGAGUUGAAGCUGACGCUGAAACUGUUGCAGCUACUGGGCAAUCAAGUGUUCAAGGAGCAAAGCGUGCAAGCUGAGCGCGCUGAAUGGACGCGCGUGCUUAAGGAGUUUGUGAAUCAUGCGCUACCCAAGCCGCAGCAAAAGCUGCAAUUUCUAACCAACUUUUAUGUGUACGAAUCGCUGGAUUGGCCGGACUACGCAGUGCUGCGUCUACAAGGCUUUAAAUUGCUGCAAGCGCAGCUCAGCAGCAUGAAGGACAACAGCUUCAAGCUGAGCUUGGACCAGCUGCUGCACUUGGCGCAUGGCUGCAGCGCUGAGUUGCAAGCGCUGCGACAACAAACGCUCGUAACUCUCAAGCUGUUGCAAAAGCAAAAACUGGAGCCGCAUGUUAACUUUUUGCUGGAGUCGUUGCUGGCGCAUCAGUCGGAGCUCAACAUGGACCAUGAACAAUACGCGCUGAUACUGCAUACCAUACUGGAGUCGCAUGAGGGCAAGACCAAGGAGAACAUGUGGCGCUCAAAGUUGCGCACGCAGUUGCAAGAGCUGCUGGCAGCGCCGCAGCAGCCGCCACACUGCAGCAUAGCGCUGUUGCAAGCUCUCAAGCAUCUGAACAGCGCGGAGCUGUUGACAGCGCUGUUGCCGCUGGCGCAGCAAAUGUUGCAACAUGUGCAACAGUCAGAUGGCAAGAUGCAGCAGCUGCCCAAGCCGUAUAGCAUUAUCUAUGGCGCUAUAAUGGAGCGCUUUGAAGGUGCUGUGGCACUAAAAGUGUUGCAGCGACAGCCCGAGGCGUGGCAGCUGCUGGAGGCAAGCUUUGCGCUGCAUGCUGCUUAUAUAGAGCUGCAUGCACAGCUGCAACCGUUGCCCUGUUUGCUGUUGCAUUCACUGCAUGCCACAACUUUCGACAGCUUCAGCAAUGAGCAUAAAGUGCGUUUAAUGCAACUGAUUGUCAAGGCAGCAUCUGAGGCAACAAGUGAUGCAAUAUUCCUAGCAGCGCAUAAGCUGCUGAAGCAUUGCAGCUUGGACUGCCAGCCGCUGGUGCCGCUGUUGCAGCAAAUGUGCGUGCAACAGGCGACAACGCCUGCCAAUAAGCGCAGACUGGCGACGCAGCCACAGCUGGACUUGAGCUCACAGGCUUGGAAGCAGGGGAUUACGCUACUGGAGCUGCUCGAGCAUAAGCAGCACUUGCAGCAGACGGCGCUGCUGAUACCCACGCUGUUUCAACUGCUGCAAAACUGCCUCAGCCUGGAGGAGCACAGCACUGUGGAGUAUCCCAAGCAGCUUAUACUCUCCAGCCUGCUGCACUGCUGUCAGCUGAGCCAAGCGCAAGGCGUGCAGCUGGCCAAGCUGCUGCCCGAGUCAAGCUUCCGCAUCGAGCAAGUGGUGCAGUGUUUGCGCCACACGCAGAAUCCACAAACGCAACAGCAUGCGCUGCUGUUUUUGAGUCACUGUGCUACGCUUUAUCCCCAAGCGGUGCUGCAUAAGAUUGUGGAAAUCUUUACAUUCGUUGGCACCACAGUGGCGCGACAUGAUGACGCCUUCAGCUUGCAUAUUAUAAAGCAAGUGGUGGAGACUAUUAUACCCACGCUGCUGCUCACACAGGAUCACGCGCUGCUGCUGCCUGUGCUUAAGGUCUUUGCUGACAUUUGUCUGGAUGUGCCAGUGCAUCGUCGCCUGACAUUGUAUCAAACGCUGUUCCGCGUGCUGCCCGCUGCUGCGCAUCAUUGGCAGCUGCUCUGCAUGCUGCUGGAGGCGCAAAUGCUGCAGGAGCAAGCGCAGCAGGGCAAGCAAAUUCUGCAGGAUAAAACGCGUUUGGAAUUCGCUUGUGAGCUGACUUUAAGCUUUGAGCCUGCGGUUAUAUUGCAAACAUGCGUGCAGCUGCUGAGCUACUUAACUGAAUUGCCCGCCAGCAAAGCAGCCUUCGAGCAGGCACAAGGCUCAGGCAACAAGCAGCAGCAACAGCAGCAGCAGCUGCUGUUUGAUUUACGCUCACGCAGCUUUAAGCAGCUGCGUCACUUUAAAUAUUUAAUACUUGACUUUCUCUCUGGCCUAAGUUGCUCGCAGCAAUUCCAAGCGCAGCUAAGCAACAAGGAGCUGCUCAAGCCGCUCUAUCAACAAUUCAUACUACACACUCUAGCCUAUGUGGCUGUGCUCAAUCAAGCGCUGCAUUCAAGCUCGGGGCAACCGUCGCUGGAGAAAUAUUGGCGCGUGCUCCUCAAUCAUAUACACGAUGUUUUGGACAAUGCCAUUGGUUUGCUUUCACCGGAAUAUUUCCUGCAAGUCAUCGUGGAGUUGCUGCAACACGAGCUGCUGCCUGUGCGGCUCAAGUUGCUGCAGCUGUUGCACACCAAACUCGCUGCCACCAGCAGCUAUUUCACCAAUACGGACGCCACACACUUUGCGCUGCUUUUCGCGCCUCUGGGCGGAUUUAUUGAUGAAAUUUUGGCUGCAGCUGCCACACACACACCACAGCAGGCUCAGUUGCAACAAUGUGCACUGCAGGCGCUACAGCUGCUGGCUCAUCGUCAUGGUCGCAGCUAUCUUAGCGAAUGUCGCGAGCUGUUGGCCAAGUUAACACGCAUACUCAAGCAUCGCGCGCAGGUGCCCAAAGCUGUGCUGGGCAAUGUGGUGCUCACGCUCGUGGAGAUUUGCGCCAGCAUCAAGGCGCACGCGCUGGCCUCGCUGCCCAAGUUUGCGCCACAGCUAACGCAGCUGCUCAAGGAACAAGUGCAGCCUGGUCAAGCACCGGAUUAUGUCUGCUGCACUUUGGUAGCAGCCAUACACAAGUUAUUCCAAACAUUGCCUGCCUUUCUGGGUCCCUAUCUGCUGGACAUCAUCAAUGCUCUAACGCGUCUCUCCGUGCAACUGGAUCAAUCGCAGCUGGCACAGGACAAGCGCGCGCUGUCGCUUAAGCAGCGUCUCAAUGAAGUCUGGAGCGCUUUGAUUGAAGGCGUUGAGCUGCGCAUAUUGGUGCCCAGCUGUGCCAAAGCCUACGAGAGUUUGCUGGAGUCCCAGUGCUAUGCCGAGCUGGGCAUACUAAUGCGUCAGCUGCUGGCGCCCUGCAUCAAGCGUUACCAGAAUGCGCAGCUGCUGCCCGUGCAGGAACCACUGUCCGAAUUAUUCUUGCAAUCGCUGCAGUUGCGUUUGCAGCUCAAGGACAAACAGCUGGAGCGUCAGUUGUUGACAGACAUGGAAGCUGCUGCAUCUGAAGCUUUUGUUGCCUGGAUAUUGAAACUAUCGGAGAGCAGUUUUCGUCCAUUGCAUGGCAAGCUGCAUGCCUGGGCCAUGGAGCAGUCGCAGUUGGAGCCGCAGCUUAGCUACUUCUUGUUAACUCAACGCAUGGCCGAGGCGCUCAAGUCGCUCUUUGUGCUCUUCUCCGGUGAACUGCUGGCGGAUGCAGCGCGUCUGCUGUCCGAGCAUCACAUGAGCGAGCUGCCUGACGAUGCCACCGAGCUGGCCAACUCUGUAGAUCUGCUGCAAGCUAUACUUGCCACCUUGCAACAUAUUUUCAUGCACUGCAGCGGCGACUAUAUUAAUGAGCAUCGCUUCAAUACGCUGCUACUGCCUUUGGUCAAUCAACUGGAGAAUGCUUUGGUCUUGCACGAUGAGCAUGCGGCCUUGCAACAAACACUCACCAACUGCAUUGCCCAGCUAGCUGCCGCCUCGAAUGACGUCAUGUGGAAACAGCUCAACCAGCAGGUGCUGCUCAAGACGCGCAACAGUGCGCCCCAGGUGCGCAUCUUGGCCUUCAACAGCAGCGUGGCCAUUGCCCGCAAGCUGGGCGAGAGCUUCACCCCACUGCUGCCCGAGACGAUGCCCUUCAUUGCCGAGCUGCUGGAGGAUGAGCAUGAGCGUGUGGAGCGGAAUACACGCAGCGCUGUGCAGGAGUUGGAAACAAUACUGGGUGAACCGGUACAGAAAUAUUUAUAACAAUAUGCAAUAUGCAAUAACGAUACAUAGAAAAAAUAUGUAAAUGAGUUAAAAUUAAAUGCAUGAAAAA